CACGCCGUCAUUGGCCAGCCCCCCGAUAAUGCCCCCAUGCAGACACAAACCCAAAAGCAUAACAAAAAAGCAAUUCCCGUUUGUCGACAAACAUCCGCACCCACGGCCUGCUAAUCAGCCGUAUUCAGCAUUUCCUAAACGCCCACCCCCAGUCCCUCCUCCACCCUCCCACUAUAUAUAUUCUGGCUGCCCUCCCGCCCAAUUCUUUUUCCCUUUUCUUUCUUCGUUUUUGGUUUGACUUCUAUCCACAAUGAGUGCUACUGAACCAACUAACGAAAAGGUUGACAAGGUUGUCUCCGACGACGAAGAGGAGGACAUCGACCAAUUGGUCCUCGACUUGCAAUCCAACCAAAACGCUCUCGACUCCGACGAAGAGGAAGAAGAUGACGGCGCUUCAUUCAAGGCUGUGCCUGAAGAAUUGUUGAAGACUGAUCCUACCACCGGUUUGAGUGAAGACGAAGUCAACAAGAGAAGAAAGAAGUACGGUUUGAACCAGAUGGCCGAAGAACAAGAAAACAUGGUGUUGAAGUUCAUCAUGUUCUUUGUUGGUCCUAUCCAGUUCGUCAUGGAAGCCGCUGCCAUCUUGGCCGCUGGUUUGGAAGAUUGGGUUGAUUUCGGUGUCAUUUGUGCGCUUUUGUUGUUGAACGCCUUCGUUGGUUUCAUCCAAGAAUACCAAGCUGGUUCCAUUGUCGAAGAGUUGAAGAAGACUCUUGCUAACACUGCCCUUGUUGUCAGAAACGGUCAAUUGAUCGAAAUCCCUGCCAACGAGUUGGUUCCUGGUGACAUUUUGCAAUUGGAAGACGGUACCGUCAUCCCUACCGAUGGUAGAAUCGUUUCUGAAGACUGCUUGUUGCAAGUCGAUCAAUCCGCCAUCACUGGUGAAUCCUUGGCUGUCGACAAGAGACACGGUGACGCCACCUACUCCUCUUCCACCGUCAAGACCGGUGAAGCUUUCAUGGUUGUUACUGCUACUGGUGACUCUACCUUCGUCGGUAGAGCCGCUGCCUUGGUCAACAAGGCCUCUGCUGGUUCUGGUCACUUCACUGAAGUCUUGAACGGUAUUGGUACUACUUUGUUGGUUUUCGUCAUCAUCACCUUGUUGGUUGUCUGGGUCGCCUGUUUCUACAGAUCGGUCAGAAUCGUUGCUAUUUUGAGACACACCUUGGCCAUCACCAUCAUUGGUGUCCCAGUUGGUUUGCCAGCUGUCGUGACCACCACCAUGGCCGUCGGUGCUGCUUACUUGGCUAAGAAGCAAGCUAUUGUCCAAAAGUUGUCUGCUAUCGAAUCCCUUGCUGGUGUCGAAAUCUUGUGUUCCGACAAGACCGGUACUUUGACCAAGAACAAGUUGUCCUUGCACGAGCCAUACACCGUUGAAGGUGUCGAGGCUGACGACUUGAUGUUGACUGCUUGUUUGGCUGCUUCCAGAAAGAAGAAGGGUUUGGAUGCUAUUGACAAGGCUUUCUUGAAGUCUUUGAUCUCCUACCCAAGAGCCAAGGCUGCUUUGACCAAGUACAAGGUAAUUGAAUUCCAACCAUUCGACCCUGUUUCCAAGAAGGUCACUGCUAUUGUUGAAUCCCCAGAAGGUGAAAGAAUUGUCUGUAUUAAAGGUGCUCCAUUAUUCGUCUUGAAGACUGUUGAGGACGACCACCCUAUCCCUGAAGACAUCCACGAAAACUACCAAAACACUGUCGCUGAAUUCGCCAACAGAGGUUUCAGAUCUCUUGGUGUUGCCAGAAAGAGAGGUGAAGGCCACUGGGAAAUCUUGGGUAUUAUGCCAUGUAUGGACCCUCCAAGAGAUGACACUGCUGCCACUGUUAACGAAGCUAGAAGAUUAGGUUUGAGAGUCAAGAUGUUGACCGGUGAUGCCGUCGGUAUUGCUAAGGAAACCUGUCGUCAAUUGGGUUUGGGUACUAACAUUUACGAUGCUGAAAAGUUGGGUUUGUCCGGCGGUGGUGACAUGGCUGGUUCUGAAAUUGCUGACUUCGUUGAAAACGCUGAUGGUUUCGCUGAUGUUUUCCCUCAACACAAGUACAACGCUGUUGAAAUCUUGCAAUCCAGAGGUUACUUGGUUGCAAUGACUGGUGACGGUGUUAACGAUGCUCCAUCUUUGAAGAAGGCCGAUACCGGUAUUGCCGUCGAAGGUGCCACCGAUGCUGCCCGUUCUGCUGCCGAUAUUGUUUUCCUUGCCCCAGGUUUGUCUGCUAUCAUUGAUGCCUUGAAGACUUCCAGACAAAUUUUCCACAGAAUGUACUCUUACGUUGUCUACCGUAUUGCUCUUUCCCUUCACUUGGAACUUUUCUUGGGUUUGUGGAUUGCUAUCUUGAACAGAUCUUUGGACAUUGACUUGGUUGUUUUCAUUGCCAUUUUCGCUGAUGUUGCUACCUUGGCUAUUGCUUACGACAACGCCCCAUACGACCCUAAGCCAGUUAAGUGGAACACUCCAAGAUUGUGGGGUAUGUCCAUCAUCUUGGGUAUCAUUUUGGCUGUCGGUACCUGGAUCACCUUGACCACUAUGUUCAUGAGAAAGGGUGGUAUCGUCCAAAACUUCGGUUCCAUUGACGGUAUCUUGUUCUUGCAAAUCUCCUUGACUGAAAACUGGUUGAUUUUCGUCACCAGAGCCCAAGGUCCAUUCUGGAGCUCCAUCCCAUCCUGGCAAUUAGCUGGUGCCGUCUUCAUUGUCGACAUCAUCGCCACCUGUUUCACCUUGUUCGGCUGGUUCUCCCAAAACUGGACCGACAUUGUUACUGUUGUCAGAACCUGGGUCUUCUCUUUCGGUGUCUUCUGUGUCAUGGGUGGUGCUUACUACUUGAUGGCCAACUCCGAAGGUUUCGACAACUUGUGUAACGGUAAGUCCAGAAAGCCACAACACGACUCCAGAUCAUUGGAAGAUUUCCUUGUCUCCAUGCAAAGAGUUUCCACCCAACACGAAAAGUCCACCUAAAUUAAUUAAUGAUUAAUUGAUGGCAUCGUGUUCUAUGGUGCGUGCUCCUAUGAUUUAAUGAAUCAUUAACAGCAGCCCAUUUAAUAUUUUAAUUGUGGUGUUUGCGUUGAUUUUUUUAUUCCAGUGGUGUUGUUUUCCCCAGACUUCAUCACGAAAAGGCUGGCAAUCGGAUGCACGUGGUAGAAAUGGUUGUGUGAUUCAGGAUGUUACGAUUCCCCCAUCUUUUGCUGGAUCAGCUCGACUAUUAUUCAUGUCUCCAUUGUGUGGUUGACUUUGAUUCCCCUAAAUUUUUAUUUUCUCCCGUCAUUUUUUUUUAGUGCUUCGUAUUAUAGUAAUAAUAGAUAAUAAU